CAAUGGUCUAGAAGCAGAGGAAACGAGCAGCCACUUGACGACUUGCAACUAGCCUACAACGAAAUGGAUACAGGAGUUCUUUCAUUUAUUAGCGGGAUAUUUAAGUACCUUGCAGACAAUCCUUAUAUUCUUUGGAUACUUUUCCUCCUCUACAUUUUCAUAUUUGUAAUGUCGAUAUUAUUUUCUGGGCCUAAGCCGGGGCGAAAUCCAUUUUCUGCGAAACACGUGAAACCAGUACAGGAAUUGGUCUCUGACCAGAAAAUUCGAGAUAAAGUCUUAAAGCAGAGAUUCAAGAGCCACAAAAUUCCAGAGAAUCUCGACACGAUUAUUAUUGGGAGUGGUGUGGGAGGGCUCAGCGUAGCUGCAAUGCUGGUUAAAGCAGGCAAGAAAGUUCUGGUUCUGGAGCAGCAUGACCAGGCUGGAGGAUGCUGCCAUACAUUCCAUGAUAAAGGCUUUGAAUUUGAUACAGGCAUUCACUACAUAGGAAGAAUGGACCCAUCUUGUGAGAACAGGAUUCUGAUGGAUCAGCUAACAGGUGGAAGAGUGGAAUAUCCACUUAUGGAUGAAGCCUAUGAUGUGGUCGCUAUUGGAGAUCCAGCAACAGAAAAAGUCAGAAAGUACCCUUUUGUGUCUAAUAAAAAUAAAAUCAUAGAGAACUUGAUCAGACAGUUUCCAAAAGAAAAGGAAGGAAUAGAAAAGUUUUUCAAGCUGCUCAAGGAAGCAAGGAGUUUCUUCAGUGGUUGUGUAAUGCUUAAGGUACUACCCAAAUGGCUGGCACAACUUCUAGUAUCCACUGGACUGAUUAACAUCAUCUUCAAAGCAUAUGGUCGAUUUGGAAAACUCACGCUGAAAGAUGCAUUAGACAGUGUCACCAAUGAUGAAGAACUGAAAGGAACACUUGCUUACAUUCUUGGAGAUUAUGGUGUGUUGCCUUCAAAAGCCCCAUUUGGCCUUCACUCUGUCAUCCUUGGUCACUACUUCAGUGGAGCGUAUUACAUAAGAGGAGGACCCAGCGAAAUCGCCUUCCAGAUGAUUCAAGUUAUUGAGGAGAGUGGGGGGAGAGUGCUAGUCAAUGCCCCGGUGUCAGAAAUACUGAUGUCUGAAAAAGGAAGAGCCAUAGGUGUAAAACUCAGGAAAGGUGAAAAUGAUGUGGAAAUAUUUGCCAAACGUAUCGUUUCUGAUGCUGGAGUGUCUAAUACUUUCCUUCAUCUACUGCCGAAGGAAGUGGCCACAAAAUCAUCUAUAUAUCCCAUGAUUAACAAGGUUGGAGAGAGUGUAUCUUUUCUGACUGUCUUUGUGGGGUUGAAGGGCACCAAAGAAGAACUGGGAAUACAGGCUCAUAACUGUUGGCAUUUUACCAGACCAGACUUGGAACAACUCUAUGAUGAAUACAGUGCCCUGUCUCUGGAGGAGCUGCCAAACCACGAUGUCCCUAUGAUGUUCAUCUCAUUUCCAUCUGCUAAAGAUCCAUCAUGGCAUGAGAGAAACCCAGAUAAAUCUACCUGUCUGAUUAUCACCUGGUCACACUACAAAUGGUUUCAAGACUGGGAAGAUGGCAGAGUCAAGCACAGAGGGGAGGAUUAUGAGCAAAUCAAAAAAUCUAUUGGGGAGAAGAUGCUGAAGCAGUGCAUAAAACUGUACCCCAAAAUGGAGAACAAUGUGGAGUACUUUGAUGUAGGAACUCCUCUCAGCAAUAGGUACUACCUGGGAUUCCAACAUGGAGAGAUGUAUGGAUUAGAUCAGAACAUGGUGAGAUUUCUACCAGAAGCCAGCAUCCAGCUCCGCCCCAAAACAGAUAUUCCGGGACUCUAUUUGACAGGGCAAGAUGUGAUGUCUGUAGGACUUAGUGGAGCAUUAUAUGGAGGGGUAUUGUGUGCCUCGGCUAUGUUGAAUCGUAAUCUGUACAAGGAUCUUCUGGCUCUCAAGAAAGAACUGCAGGAAUCAGAAAAGUCAGAAAAGAAACAGAAUUAAAGAGGAAAAAAGCCACUUGUUCCUAGUCCAAAUAACCCAUAGUUUACUGACAGGGACAUCCACUUAUUGUCAGACUGUCUGCUCAUCCUUGUCUAGCCAUCUACCGUAACUUUGAUAUCUCUGAGAAUAAUAUCAAACUUCAUAAACAUUUUAUAUUUUUAAUCAACAGGUGAUAGGAGUAUACUGUUUUAAUUGAUGAAUCCCUUUGAGAGUGAAAAAUUUAGUUUCUAUUUGUCAUUUUGUUAUCCAUUUAGACAUUAUCAAAUAAAUACAUAUAAGGUACAUAUACUAGAGCUAGCUGCAAUAAUGUAGCCCUCUCUGAUUUUUUAUUUUUAUUUUUUUUUUUUUUUAGGGAGAGGGCUACAACUCCUUAGGAUCUCCGUAAUGGUGCAAAUGCGGGAGUGAUUCACUCCCGCAACAUUUGCGCUCAUUCUAAACAUUUCCUGACUUUCUUUACGUAAAUAAAAUGAUAUUCUAUGUUUCUUAGUCAAUAUAUAAAUUUACAACCUGCAACUUUAGAUUUGUGAGGCUCUAUUCUACCGUUUUCAACAAUUUCGAUAAAUUCCAAUUUCUCGAUUCAUAUUUGUGCGCCAUGUUUGAUGUACUGAAGUUUCAAUUUCCGGUUGUCAAGUCAUUUGCAUAUGCCAUAUAAGGUAGUAUUUACAUCAAUGGACAAGUAUGGAGGCGAAAGCUAUUUCGUCGGUAUUGAAAAGGUUUGAAUUUAAUAUCAAGUUAAAAACCGAACAGCAGAGUGUAAAUUCUUUCUGCAACAAUAUGAUUUUCCUUUCUUUGUCGAAGUGGCUCGAGUAACUACAUUUUCGCGCAGAUUGUCAAUGUUUAGGCUUUUCAUUAGAUCCACCUACGAGAUCUCGCGAUAACAAGCAUGGCGGAGCAGACGAAGAAUUUUGCAUGCUGUACAUUAUAUUUAAUGAAAAACACCUUUAUUAGACAUGCCCGAGCACAAAAUUGGUACUCCUUUUGGUGUAAACAACAUUUGGGACUAAUACACAGAGUUUAUUGUCGGUUAUUCAUAAAAUUAUUUUGCACCAUUACGGAGAUCCUAUGGAAUUGUAGCCCUAUCCCGAAAACGUCAGAAUAAAAAAAAGUUGGAUAGGGCUACAUUAUUGCAGCUAAUACUAGAGCGACCAUGUGAGAUUAACGUUAUACUGGAGUUUGAUGACGAAUUAAAGGACGCGUACACGUAGGUGACUGUUAACAAGUAUAAUGUGCACAGUGUUGUGAAAAAUUACAAAUUUUGAAACUCAGGAAGCUGUUCAUCACAAUCUUUAUUCAGUAUGAUCAUUUCUAUACCUGCAACUGUUUGAUAUGAAAUAAUAGCCCCAUCAUAUCACUUGUUUGCUUCAUUAUUGACGGCUUAGAACAUCUACCCAGUACAUGUAAUACAAAACAACUUUUAUUGAUGACUACUUGUGUCGGGAAUUACAUUGGUGAUAGGGAAUAAUUCAUGAGUCAUUGAUCCAACUUAUACAUGUACUUAGACAAAUGACUGGAUUCACAGUGACAACAACAACAACAAAAUGACUGGAUUCAGUGACAACGACGACAACAAGAAAAUAAAUGGAUUCACAGUGACAACGACGACAACAAAAUGACUGGUUUCACAGUGACAACGACGACAACAAAAUGACUGGUUUCACAGUGACCAUUGUUUGCAAAUCUCACAAAUAUUUCUGACAUAUGUAAAUAACAGCUGGUUUACAACUCCGAGCAUUAUCAAUUCUUCAAAGAAUUGUAUCUUUAUGAGGCAUGUACUGGGUGCACUGUUGAAAAUCUGGAUAUUCCUCUGCAUCAGAUGUUCAUUACUUCGUAUUCAAUUGAAUAAUACAUGUGAUGUUUAGAUUCUACUUAUAAAAGAAUACAGGAGACAAACAAAAAAUAGGUAUACUGAUUUAUAUACACAUAGUUGUAAAAGGUUCAGCAUGUAUUAAAUAUCAAAUUUCGAAAGUCUGAGAAAAUCUUACACCUUUAUUGAUCAAUGUUUUGCAUUUACCGUUACAUCAUUAUUGGUAAUAUGUUACAGUCUUACAAUGCUUCUGCAAUAUUUAUUUUUGUCAUAUUCUUUGUUAUUUAUCAUGGUAAUAUAAUUACCAUAUUUAUUUGAUGCAUUGUACAAGAAUUUUGUUUUAAAUAAUGAAGUGAAAUGUUUGUUUUGUCAUUUUUUGAUAAUAGUAUGAAUCAUUGUUGCGUGGGAGUUGAUUAUGUACUUUAAAAAGUGGGUAUUAUGAAACAGUACUAUAAUGUACUAGUGCAUUUUCUGACCAGUGUAUUUGCAUACAAAUUAAGGUUGUGCAGUUCUUUGUUUAAAUAAAGGGAAUAUGCAUAUCAAAUGCAUCUCCAUUUAUACUGUUUUGUAAGCACAUGCAUUUAUGGAUGAAGUUGUAUCUAGUACAAGUGUAUAUUGCCAGAUAUUUUGGAGGAUGUUAUGAGCAUAAGAUGACAUUACAUACUAAUGUUUUUAUUAUUAAUUUCAGUUUGUGUGUGCAUGUGUGUGGUUUUUAUCUCUCCUGAGCUAAAAGUUCAAAUGAGCUUUUCUGACCAAAGUUCUUCCUUCAUCUAUUUCUCUGUAUGCCUUCAAUAUACCUUUGAACCAUGGUUUCUCCAUAAUUAUUGACCAUUUUCAGGGAUACUUGAUAUAAAGCACCCUUUAGUAAUGGGGAUUUUAAAGUGUUUUUUUUUUAAUGAAGGAGUACUGUAUCAAAAGGAAAUAAUUGAGAUAGUGAAAUAGGGUGGCACCACUAAAAAGUCUCCAGAACUACUGUCCCAGAAACUACAACAUUAUUUAAUAACUGCAAAACUUAUAUGUAAACAGCUGGGAUUCAAAGUUCUAUAUCAGAAAUUACAGGGAGAAAUAAAUGUUCUUCUCAAGAAUAGCAAUGCAUUGAAAUAAAUAUAGCAAGCAUUUUCUUGUAGUUUAGAUCUUAUCAAAUCGGGUUUCAUAUGGCCAGGAUGGUGUUACAUAUGGGUACAAGAUUUUCCAAAGAAAUAUAUGUUAAGGAGGUGUGCUACACCAGAGAUUUUUGAUAUGGAUGAAAAGUAGAGUGUAUGUACAACAUUUUGAAGUUGAAAACUUUCAAUUUUGUUUUAUUUAGUCAAAAAAUGAAGUUUUAGUAGAAAGCAAUCAGAAAAAAAAUUUCUGCUGGACUUGAACCUGUAACCUACAGUUCAUCAGUCAACGUGCUGAGCUACUCAGCUAGGCGAUGAUGUUUUAAAUGAAUAGACAAAUAUUGCUGAUAUUCAUAUUUUCAUCCAUGUUUUAAAAGGAAGUCAGCCAUUAUGACGAUGUAGAGUAUACCUCCUUAAAAUAUUACUAAGAAAAUCUUCACUGAAGAAAAGCAGCUUUUUUGGUCAAACUAACUAGCAUACAAGCAUCUUCUUGUUGUAUGAUUUAGAUUUUUUGAACUGACUUUAUUGUUCUCAUUAGUCUUAAUCUAUUGUCAAGGAUCCAAAUUUUUAAAGUUAAUUUGUUUCUCUGUAUUUACAUGACACAGGUUAGCAUUGUGGCCAGUUUGUCUUUUUGGUUGAGAAUUCUCAAUGAAUUAAUUUAUUCAAUAUUAUUUCAGUGAUGUUGCAAUCAAUUUACAUGUACCAUGGACAUUGUAAUGUGUGAAUACAUAAAUGUUUGGAAAAU